AUGAAAACAUCAUUAUAUCUAUUAUUUUUUAUAUGGUUAUUAAACUAUUCCGUAGUUUUUUGUUCUUUUGAUGCAAUUACUUACAUAAAUGGUACAUAUAGGUUCAUGUCAUCAGAUGACCCUGUUUGGAGAGAUAUCGAACCAACAGACCCAAAAUCUAAACAAAUUCAAUUUGAUUUUUUAAAUAUUUUUGUUAAUAAAAAUGAUGAAGGAUAUACAGAAAUUAAAAAAGAUAAUUUAUUAACACAACGAAAGGAAAUUCAAAAUUCAAAUGAUAGCUUAACACCAAAGAUUUUCAUUGGAUUUGGUUAUGUACACAUUACUUUUAAAAAUGUUAUGAAUAGAACAAUUUUAUUGAUGGCAGGUGAGAACUUUUUAGAGGUAAAUACAGACAAAAUGUUUUUAAGGAUUGACAUUGCACAACAGUGCUCUCAUGCACCAAAUGUUCAACUUUCAAUAGGUUCUGGUAAACACUCCUUUGGAAAAAUUAUUCCAUGCCCAGCAUACAUAUCAGAGAGUUUAGAAAAAAAGAUGAAAAGAGAAAAAAUAAAUAUCAUUAAGAAGAAACAAGAGAAAUUAGGAAAUUCAAGUGAAAUCAAUAAUGAUCUUAUUGAAAGGUUAGAAAAAGAAAUUACAAACCUUCAUGAGGAUCAUAAAUUAAUAGAAGAAGAGUUAGAAGAGUUAGGAAGAAUUAAAAAAUUAAUUAAUAUAUUUAAUUUUUAUAUAAUGUUUAUUUUAUUGGCAAUUUGUACAUCUUUAUAUUAUAUACUGGAGGCAAUAGAUAAAAACAGAAGAGAAUCAAGGAAGAAUAAAGAAGAGAUUAUAAAAAAGUACAUCCAACAGAGCGGAAGUUCGAUUUAUAUUAAAAAAAAUAGUGGUUCAAUUAAAAUCCCCCCCAUUUCGGUUAUUUUAUUUAUUUUUUUGUGCGUUUUACCAACGGAUUCAAUUAAUUACGAUAAUCAUAUGUGUGGAACAGUAAUUCCUCUUGGUAAAGGUGUUGAAAAAACUACCGAAACUGAAGAUAACAAAGCGUUUACAACAUAUUCAAAAGGUUUUUAUUCAUUUCAAGUCCCAAAAAAUAAUUAUAUACUUUGUUUUAAUCUAGACGAUGAAAUGGGUAAUAUUAUUGAAACUCUUUAUUUAGACCUUUCAGACUAUAAAUAUGUCUCAUCUGGAACAUUUGCUUAUACAACUGGUGAAUUUAUAGGACAUACAUCACAAUACUCUGCAUGUCAUCACGAUCAAGGUUGUAACCAAGGAAGAUGUGGUGGAAUAAAACCAACCGACAAAACAUGCCAAAAUUCCCUCAGAAAAGAAAACCUUGCAACCUUUUAUCCAGGCCAAAGUUUUUGUAGUUCUCCUGCCAAAGGAAGUGCUAUUGGUUGUGGAGCAGUUAAAGAACUACAUGAUAUGUGUCAAUACGAUAGAGCUUCUGUUAUACCUAAUGGACCGCCCCAUGAUAUAUACACAAUAACUUCUACAAGAUUGAAUUUCAAUUAUAAAUUAGUUAUUGGGUCAUGUGAAAACUGUAUUGAUUAUGGCAUGGUUAAUAAAUCAAAACCAAUUAGUAUAUCGGUAUCUGCUUCUUCAGAUAAAGUUGACAUAUCACUUCAUAGCUUUGAAUUCGUUGAAGUUGGUGAUGACGUUUUUCUAGGACAAGCGGCGAACAGAGACAAUCCAGUCUCCGGUAUGGUUGGGGAUAUUCAAGCAAGUAAUCAUGAAAUUUGGACAGAUAAAUUAAGAGGUCAUGAAAUUUCAAUUCCAGCACAGGGCUUAUGGUCAAAUCGUCAUUUUACUUACGGUCAUCAUACAGUUAUUACAAAUUUCGACUAUGUUGAUUCUGCAUUUAAAAAGACUCGAACAUGGGAAAAAAACUCAUUCAGACGCGGAGAUUGUUUAUGGAACUAUAACAAAUCACAAAAACAAUAUGAAUGUUCACCAAGCACACAUGGUCAAAUUACUGGUACCAUUGAGUUUAAUCAAAACUACACAAUAUCAUCAAACAUUACAAAAGUUUGUGUUGAAAUUAGAAGCUUUGGACCUUUAAAAAAUGGAACCCGAUCAUCUUCGAGUGGAUCUGCUUUAUACGUUGAAAUUAGAUCUACAUGUCUUCCAGGUUCAGUGAUUGUAAAAUCAGAAAAUAAAAACAUUACAAUAACAACUGGAGCUUUGAAAGUAAAUAAGGAAUUUAUGAAUCACACUGUUACUUACCAAACUAAUCUUAAAAAAGUUAAAGCUAAGUUUUGUUUCAAUGAAGUUUGUAUUACUUUUGAAACAGAAUUAGAAUUAGAAAAAUUUUCAUUAACCAAAUUUGUUUUAGAUAAAGUAAGUGGUAACGGCGAUAAAAGUGACCCUGGUGAUGGAGAUACUGAUACUGAUGUAGAAUCACCUGAUAGGGCACCAUCUGGAUCUGGCUCAAGUGGAGCUGGUAUUAUUAAAUUAUUUGGAAAAAUUUUAAGUUUUUAUAAAGGAUUUUGGAGUGGUUUGUUAAAUUUACUUGGGGGAAAAUAUAAAAUAUAUAUUUACAUUGCACUUGGUUUAACUUGUUUUGUAUUAUUGGGAUUAUUGAUUUCUUAUAUAAAAAAUGUAUUUUUUUUUUGGAAAUAA